AUGUCUGUUUCCGCUUUUCGAGACUCUGACGAAUCCCAGCGCGGCUUCCUUGGGGUCUCCCUCAGAGCUGGAGCUGUCAACAUCGCCGACCGCGACGACGACAUCCGCCGCCAUGCGGCCAAGGAAGCCUACAGCAGCGACAAUCGCCUGAGAUGCCAGUACGUCGACGCGCUCAACCUGUUGAGGCCCACGGAGCUUCUGCAGGAGGAGUUUCAAUUCCUCGCUAGCGAGCAGCAGCCCCGCCGAGACCCGGGCCGCAGCAGCAACAACAACGACGACGAUUCGGACGAUGCGGAUACCAUCUCAACCUCCCUGACCGGCAUGCAUCUCGAGAACGGCAGAGCCCAGCGGCUUGGGCAUCUCAAGAAGAUCAGGAACACCUUCGAUCGCCACAAUGAAUCACCGGCGCAACCCCUUCCGGACCGCAAGAACCGCAGCCGUGGCUGCAGAGGCGGUCGCGGCACGCCGCAGAAGCCCGACGAAGACCUCCUCAGAUCCCUCCAAGACGAUUCCCGCGCCGUCGAUCCCUCCGACAUGACUUCGGACCCCGGCACCCCGCGAUCAUACGGCUUUGUUGCGCGCCCCAACGCCGGCAACCGUCAAGACAACCUCGCCGGCCCCAGUACUCCCAACACCAACAGGCGCGCCAAUGCCCCCUCGCCAGUGACCCCCAACCCUAACACCAACAACAACGCGCUCCGGACACGUCCAGCGACCCCUUCCGGCGGAGACGGCAUCUUCAGCCCUGCCCCGAACGCCGCCAAACGGAUGAGAAGCCUGCAGAGGCAACGCGCCGCUGUCAUGGACAACUAUAAGGAGGCUCUCAAGGCGCUCACCGACAACGACGUCCGCAUGCGCGAGAUUGACGCCGAGAUGAGGCUGCUGAGUGCUGGCGCAGGGGUGGUCGAGGAGGAGGAUGAGGAGGAGGUGAAUGGUGACAGCUCGUCCGUUUCAGCCUCCUCCAAGGCUGUCCACUCCGUGACUCGUCUUGCGCCGAGCGCGCAUCCAGACAUCGACCUGGUCAAGUCCAACUUCUUCGCCGAUGCCACGGCGGACACCUUCCACGGCGUCAAGAUCGUCCAGAGCAUGCGCCUCUCCUAUUCCGCCUCCGAGAAAACCAAGAUACGCGCCCACAUCAUCCGACACCAACUGACCAAGGCCUCACCCGACGACUUCCACCUCGCGGAGCUGCACAAGGCCCUUGGUAUUGCGGACCUCGGCCAGAAGUACGUCGAUGUCAUCUACCCAAAGAUCGCCAGCGCCCUCAAGGCGCGGAUCGAGGAGCUCAGCAACCAGAAGGGGUGCAACGAGAUGCUCGAGGGUGUCAAGGAUGGUGACCAAACCAGAUUCUACCCCCCGGCCCUUGAUGCCUGGACCCUCCCGACCUGGCAGGGCGACGUUACAAUGGCAGACGCGCCCGACAUGCCCGACGCGGACGACCAAGGUCAGGAUCAUGACCCGAAAGAGCAACAACAAGAUAUCAUCGCGGGCCAGCCUCCCCCGCCACCGCCGCCGCCGCCGCCGCCCUCGCCGUCCCCCGUAUUCCAUUCGCGAGUCUCUCCUCGUGAAGAACUCUUGCCGCCGGCAGACCUGCAACCUUCCACAUCCCGUGCUCGGCCCGCUGGACCCGGGCUGCGCCCCUCCCGUGCGUCGGAACCCAUCGAGUCGCAUCGGCCAACCCGGAAGGACAAGCAGCCGGUCUCGCUGCGCCCAGCCGACAUCACGCCGCCCACCCGGGACCGUAUUCUCCCAUCCCAGACCCGGCUCGGCGGCCAGUCUCAACGGUCGGGGUUUGGUCCGAGAGUUGCCCCUGACGACAACAACAUCGCGCAGCCCACCACCACUCGAUCCCCUCGACGACAGGUCCCUCCUGUCAAUCUGCCCACCCCGCCUGCAACGGUCGUCAAACCCCGGCAAAACCGCAUGACGCUCCCCCCUGACGACGAUGAGGACGAACAUCCCCUCCCAUCACGACGCUUGACGCCUCCCCCGGACGACAACAACGAGGCCGAGUUGCUUCCGCAAUACCAUUUCCUGCUCGAAAAGCUGGCAGAGCUGCAUCUGGAGCUACGGCACGUCCAAGGCGACGAGAUCAUGGCCCUUUGGCGUGGUCGCAACAACAACAACGGUCGAGCGCAGACGAUGCGGAAUGAGUUACGCCUGUUGGAGGACCAGACCGACCAUCUUCGAAAGAGGGCAGCGCUGCUGCGGGAGGGUCUGGACAUCAUCGUCCAGGAACUAGUUCAGGGCAUACCCGGCGCGCAGGGAGGUUCUCAUGUCCUCGGUGCCACCGUUGACCUGCUUUUGUUGGGAUUUGAUCUGUAA